AUGCCUUCCGGCAGUCUCGCCGCCUACCUGGCCAAGAACUACCUCAAUGCAUCAAACCCGUCAGAGUCCAGAUCAUCGCCCUCAAACUCAGAUUUCACCGACUCCGCGCGCCCGAAGAAAAAACGGCGGAAGAACAAAGACAGCGAACCCCAGAUCUCCGGCUUGUUGAUCGCAGACGAUGAUGCAGAGCUGUCCAUACGCGGUCCAACAGGGAAGAAUGGUGACGACGAAGAUGAAGAUGUGCCCAUGUACGACACCAACAUAAAGUCUGCGGAAUUCAGGAAAAAGAAAAGCAGUGGAUGGACAGUCGUGGACGGGGAAUCUACAGCCACGGGAAAGGAAAACAACGAUGAAGACGCAGAAGCAGACCGAAUCAUAUCCGAGGCGGCUGCUGAGUCCGCGCAGCGACGCCAAGAGAUUGAGGAUGAGGAUGCGCCUGCCAUUGUCGAUGUGUCCGCUUCAACUACGAGCAAUUUCCCGAAAAUGCAAUCUGGUGCACGGCCUGGUCUGCAAACCGCAGCCGACACAGCGCGACUCGUCGAGGAGGAGGAGCGCGAAAGGGCACGGGAAGUUGCGCGGACCAAGAAAUCCAAGAAACCAAAAGAUGUGGAAGAAACACCUGAAGAAGAGACCAUCUACCGAGAUGCCACCGGUCGGCGCAUCGACGUGAGUCUCAAGAGAGCGGAAGCGCGCCGGGCGGAGCUGGAGAAGAUUGCGGCGGAGAAGAAGGCCCGAGACGAGGCGCGGGGCGAUGUGCAGCGCGCGGAGCGGGAGCAGAGAAAUCAGGACCUCGAGGAGGCGAAGUUCUUGACUGUGGCGAGAGGUGCCGAUGAUGAGGACAUGAAUCGCGAUAUGAAGGAGGUUGUGCGUUGGGAUGAUCCCAUGGCUAUGUAUAUGGCGCAGAAGAAGGCCGAGGAAAGGGAGAUCCAGGGCCCAACGAACGGGAGCAAGGGGGGUGGAAGUGGAAAGGGCCAUGCUCUUGCCGCUCCCAGAAAGAAGGUGUAUCAGGGGUCUGCGCCGCCGAAUCGUUAUGGUAUUGCGCCUGGGUGGAGAUGGGAUGGUGUUGAUCGAGGGAAUGGGUUUGAGAAAGACUGGUUCCAGGCGAGAGGGAGGAAGGCCCGGAAUGAAGAUUUGAGUUAUCAGUGGCAGAUGGAUGAAUAG